GAAAGGUAUCCAAGUGGACAACACAAAGACAAGGAGAAGUUUCUCUGGAACUUAAACAAAUCGGACUAUAUCCUGCUUGUACACUUCUACCGUACGGAUCUUAGAUCGAGACAAGUCUACAACCAUGCCUGUAUCAAGAAUGAGGAUGCGCCCAUGGCUGGAGAAGAUGAUCGAUUCCAACAGCGUCGCCGGACUCAAUUGGGUGGACAAGGACAAAAAAAUGUUCUCCAUUCCCUGGAAGCAUGCAGCUCGGCAUGGCUGGGAGAUGGACAAGGACGCUUGUCUGUUCAAAGAGUGGGCCAUCCACACAGGGAAAUACAAAGAAGGCCAAACCUGCGACCCAAAGACAUUGAAGGCCAACUUCCGUUGUGAAAUGAAUUCACUGCCAGACAUCAAGGAGAUGAAAGACAAGAGCGUCAACAAAGGCCACCAAGCAGUACGUGUCUUCAGGAUGCUUCCUUACACCCCAAAACCAAGAGAUAAACGAAGCAAAGUAAAGGAAACAAAACAAAGGAAGAAGGUCAAGAUGGAGGAAGAAGACUUCAGUGAUACUCAGUCCCCCAUGGAUCAGACACGGCUACAAAAUGACAACUCAUCCACUCAGGAAAACACAGUGGACAGCACAGUGGACACAGAGCAGAAAGAUUUCACAUAUGUGCCUUCAGCUGAAGUUCCUGACUGGUCUACAUCAGUGGAGAUCGGGCUUGAGUCCUUUCCAAACAACUUUUGCCACAGAUUUGAAGUUUCACCUGAACACAGCCCCGAGUAUGACAAUAUGAACGACGACAUUAUCAAGAUUUGCCAGCAACUGGAGAAAGAAUCAGACUGGUUUCCAAGGUGUUUAGACGGCAAGGGGUUCCUGAGCAAUGAAGCAUGCAUCAGUCCUGGGAGCCAGUGGAGUGAAUCUUCCUCAGACGACGAACUAGACGACCUGCCGCAGUACACAACUUUGGGCUCAGACUUUAGCACAACUCCAUCAGAUGUCUUCUGGAGCAACUUUUACCCACAGACCACCUUUGGGCAUUGAAGGGUCCAGGACAGGACAGGACAGGACA